GAUUUGAUUCUGCCAUUGUAUUACUGAGAAUUAUUCGACUCCUUGUGACAAAGCGGCCUUGAUUUGGCUUUCAGCGCGAAUUGGAUUGCCUUUUCCCGGUACCGAUAAUCUACAACCCUGUACUCUGAACGACCGUUUACGAUUCAAUUGUCACGAUGGCAUUCUUGUUUAAAUCCAAAAAGAAUCAACAAAAUACUACCCUUCCUCCAGUGAACAGAAACCUCCAUACCUCCGAGGGAGCGUCCACAAAUGCACCGGCGGCGCCAAAUGGAGUAAAAGAGCGGGAGGGAAGCAAUUCGCAGACGCCGACCCCUAGCAGCAGCUACAAUAAUUCUCUGAAUUCGGUGAGCAGUAUCAACAGCCCGGAACAGCAGCGGGUGCGACAAAGAGCCGAAUCCGAGUCACAGGUUGGUACUCCACGCUCCCUUUACCUCUUAUUAAAUACCUUUCGCUGGUCGCAAGAAUACCUCUCGACCACAUGCAACAUGGCUAAUCAUGUACAGAUCCAACGGCCAUCGCAACAAUCGAUGAACAAUAAUGCUGCCAAUACGAGCCCCGGUGUUUCACUGUACCCAUGGUCACAGCGUCGUCUAAAUUUUUCCACGCCACAGACGAAUCCAUUUCCCCGUUAUGGCGCAGCUAUAAAUGCGGUUGCUUCGAAGGAAGGAGCUAUAUAUAUGAUGGGUGGAUUGAUAGACGGAUCAACUGUGAAAGGGGACCUCUGGAUGAUUGACAGCAGCGGCGGAAAUCUCUCAUGCUUUCCAAUUGCCACUGUGUCGGAGGGGCCCGGUCCCAGAGUCGGUCAUGCGAGUUUACUGGUUGGUAAUGCUUUCAUUGUUUUUGGCGGUGAUACAAAGGUGGACGAGGCCGAUACCCUGGACGACACACUUUAUUUACUGAAUACUUGUACGUGCUGACGUUAUGACCCAUGCUGGAAAAAUUGUGCCCUAACAUCUUAUGUCUCUCAGCCUCCCGGCAGUGGUCGCGCGCCAUACCUCCUGGGCCCCGACCCACUGGGCGGUAUGGACACACCUUAAACAUCCUUGGCUCGAAGAUUUACGUCUUUGGUGGACAGGUUGAAGGUUACUUCUUCAACGACCUUGUCGCAUUUGACCUUAAUCAAUUGCAGAAUCCAGCGAAUAAGUGGGAGUUUUUAAUCCGAAGCAGUCACGAUGGUGGUCCACCU